AUGGCGGAUCCUGACUUGAAAUCGGCCUCCGCUGUUGGGAAAGAAGAGAAAGACUCGCCCUUAGGGUUAGGGCCAAACUCGACCACUACCAAAAACAACAGCGAAGCUACGAGCACCGCAGGAGCGCCACCACCAACUCCUGCUGUCUCCGAUAGUGCAUCUGCUGCUGCAAAGGGCGAAGAAGUGCAAGCAGCAGCAACAACAACACCUUCAUUGGCUGUCCCAGCCGAUGCCACUGCAACAACAGCCAUGCCAGCAGGCGACAAAGGUCAAUCUGAAGCGACAACACACUCGAUUCCCGCCAAUUCCACGCCGCAGGCCUCUACCGUUGACGGUUCCACAACAACCACCUCGCAACCAAGCCCCACGCAGAAAGGUGGGGCCGAAGCGUUGCCACCUGCUCCCGUUGUUCGUGCUCCGAGUGAGGAGUCAUCAGGAUCUGCCCCACCAUCUACCACUGCAGCCGUGCGAGUGCGGUCCGACGAACAACCGCAACAACAAGCACCACCGCGACCAGGCGUUUCGGCUGGUACAGCUCCUCCUGCCCUACAGAACCACGUAAGUGGCAGUAGCGACGACGAUGGCCUUGACGAGUUCAUUAAGAGCCCCCAAGGCCAGAAUGCCAUUGUGGAACGGUCACCUGGCGGCCGCUAUGUUCGCUUCAUGGAGAAACUUGGCAGUGGUGCCUCCAAAGACGUCUACAGAGCAUACGAUACACAAGAGGGGAUCGAGGUGGCGUGGAACCUCAUUGGCCUGUCUGGCUUGCCCAAAACGGAUCGAAACAGAAUCGUCAAAGAAGUGCGCUUGUUGGAGAGCCUGCACCACGAAAACAUCAUUAGUUUCCAUGGAUCAUGGGUCAAUCGAGAGCGACAAGAAGUCCAUUUCGUCACGGAAAUAUUGUCAUCUGGAACUCUUAAAAGCUUCAUCAACAAAGUCCAGGUCAUCCGAUGGAAGAUCGCCAAGAGAUGGGCUGUACAGAUACUGAAGGGCUUGGAUUAUCUGCAUAGCCAAGACCCUCCUGUUAUCCACCGUGACCUGAAAUGCGAAAACAUCUUUAUCAAUGGAACCAGUGGUGACUUGAGGAUUGGAGAUUUCGGUCUGAGCACUCAGCAUGGAAACGGAAAGGCCCACAGUGUCUUGGGUACACCAGAGUUCAUGGCGCCCGACCUGUACGAGGACAACUCUUAUGAUCAAAAGGUUGACAUCUAUGCAUUUGGAAUGUGUAUGCUGGAAAUCUUCACCCAAGAAAUACCCUACAAAGAGUGCAAGAACCCUGCGCAAAUCUACAAAAAGGUUUCCAACGGCGAGCUACCAGAAAUCCUAUCGCGACUACGUAGUAAGCACGCCAGAGACUUUGUCAUGCUGUGCCUGGGAGACAAAAACGACAAGGGCGAGUACGUACGGCCAAGCGCCAAAGAGCUCUUGACUCACGAGUUCCUGAUCAAACGAGGGAAUGACGAGGAGGAAGUCAUCGUAGACCCCCCUCUGAUUAAGCGAACAAUCGCAGAGAACGAAGUGCAGGCAGUUUCAAAUGUCAACCCGGGUUGGUCGAUACCGCCAACACAAAAUGCGGUGCAGCAACAACCGCAGCAGCAAGCGACAAAAUCUGAUACUCCAUCGGAGAAGAAUCCGAGCGGGGCACCGUCGUCAAAGGCCGAAGAUGACCAGGGUUCGGCAGACGGCGACGAAUCGGAUCGAUUCGAUGAAAUGCCAGACAGCGAAGUCAACAUUAAGAAAGUGAAAGUCCUCAUGGGCCGAGGCCAAGAACUCCAAGAGGACGAAGCGCCGCUUGCUGACUCCUCGGCAAAGAGCGUCGAGGGCAGCACGCAUUCGCGUAACUCUUCGGUUGAUCGAUUACAGGACCAAGGAGCACCCGUAUUGAAGAAUGGCGUGCACCCUCCACAGUCAGGUAGCAAGAAUAAGGCGAAUGCGGUCCCAACGGUGCAAGUUGCCCAGCCGGAUCACUAUCUAGUUGCGGCAGCUGUAAUCGAAAACGAAGCAGCACAGACCUACACCGAUGAAAUGCUGAAACUCGUUGUGACGCUUCCUGUUGAAGGGCAAACGCAGAAUGUUCAAUUCGAUUUCCACCUCGUCGAGGACGAUCCUGUUCAGGUGGGGAAAGAAAUGGUGGCAGAACUAGGAAUUCCUCCGGGCGCCGUUCUUGAGAUCAGUGAAACAAUCAGCGGCCUGGCCUGUGCAGCUCGAAUGCAGCGUGACAAGCACAAAGCAGCGAGGGCUCAGCAAGCUGGACAAGGCCAAGUGGUUCCCCAACAAAGCGGUCAAGGGCAAAUGGUUCCUCAACAGAGCGGGCAAGGACAACUGGCCCCUCAAAGCGGACAAGGGCAAGUGGUCCCUCAACAACAGCAACAGCGGCCGAUGCAAGAUUUGCAGCCAGGGUUGUCCAUGCAGCAACAGUCAGGCCCACCAAUGUCGCAGGCACAGAUGGGUGGAGGGCCACAAGACUUGCAACCUGGAAUGGCAAUGCCACAACAGGGAACGCAACUCCCUGAUCAACGACAGAUGCAGCAACCGCAACAACAGCAGCAGCAGCAGCAAAUGAUUGCACCCCAGCAACAGCAACAACAGAUGGCACAACAUGUUGGCGCCACACCAACAAAUCAAAUACCAUCUGAUGUUCAGUCUCAGCCGCCACCAUACGCGCACAUGCAACAAACACAGAACCACCCCCAUCACCAAAUGCCUGGCCAGAUCCCAAAUCAGCCGAUGAAUCAACAGAAUCACUUGAUAUCCGACGCCCAACAACAGCCCCCUCAUUUCGGUUACGACCAAAGCGCCAAUACUCAACAGCCACAACUCCAUCAGCAGCCCCUGAAUCACCAGCAUGGGAAUCCAUCACCGUUAGACUCUCAGUCACUGCCACCUUACGGCUACGACGCCAACCGCAGCCAAAUGGCACCUGAUAACGUCUCGCUUCCACCGAAGAGCGCACCGUAUGCUUAUGACACCGGGCAAGCCCAAAACCAAGGGCAGCAACAAGCAAUGCCGCCACAGCAUAUGCUGCAACAAGGUUCUCUUCCUGCAAACGCUCAAAACCAGGCGCCCCCAUAUCACUAUGAGGCUCAGCAGCAGCAACAACAGCACCAUCAAGGACAAAUGAACCAACCAGUGCAACAAUCAAACCUGCACGCUGCGCAACAACAGCCCAAUCAAGUUUCACAGCAACAGCAGCCAUCUAUGCCAACGAACGGCCAACAGCAAGCACAUUUUCAGGGCACGCCGCAGAACAUUACGAUGCAGCAACAGCUUGGCACAAACGGCCACCCACAAUCUGCUCCGAUGCAAUCACAAACGAGUCAUCUGAGCACCCAGCAACCGAACAAUGGUCAUCCCCAACCGGCUCCGAUUCAGGCACAAGCAAGCCAGGGUGGGCACUCUCACCCCGCGCCGAUCCAGUCUCAACUUGGCCACGGCACAUCUCUAGGUCAAGUUCAAUCCAUGGCUCAAGUUCCGGUCCAAGGUAUCCCCACCCAAGGCCAGAGUAUGCAACAACCGCAGCAAGGUCAAAGCAUGCAGCAGCCCCAGCAAGGUCAGAAUAUCCAACAACCGCAGCAAGGUCAAAGCAUGCAACAACCGCAGCAAGGACAGAGUAUGCAACAGCCCCAGCAAAGUCAAGGCAUGCAGCAGUCCCAGCAAGGUGUUCCAGUCCAACAUCAGCAGCAAAGGCACCAACCGCCACAGCAGAUUGCCUAUCCGUCCAGCCCACUGCAACAACACGCACAACAGAAGAACGUUCGAGCAACCCCCGAAGUGAGCUAUCAGCACGGUGUCUCGAUGCCGAAUGCUAAUGCUCAACUCGCUGGGAUGCCAUCGGCUUCUGUCAUGAAACGUUCUGUCUCAACAAACAGCCACUCCACGCCACAGGGGUUGAACCAACAUCUUCAGCAGCAAGUUCCGUACGCAGGCCAUUCAGUCAAUCAUGCAAACCCUGCACAGCAGCAGCUCGACCCUAGAUUGCCUCCAAGCAGGCACAACAGCGGCAACGCAGCGGCCCAAGGCAUGGCGAACAGGAACGGUCCCGGGCAACAUCCAAUGAAUGACGAGAGCAGCAUAUCUUCGCAGGCAAUGCAGUCUGAUGUCGGCAAAGGCGAAGUGCUCGCGUCCGUCCUGGAUGGAACGAGUGUGGCGGCCGUCAGCGACGAUGAUGACGAAGAGCUGCGGAAACUCGAUGAAGAUUUCCACAAGAAUUUGCAGCGCGCAAAGAAAGUGUUCGACAAUCGGAUGGACAAUUUGCAAAGAAGUCAAAUUGAAAGAGAGGCUCAGCACAAGAAAACGCUGGAGAAGCAUCAUAAAGAGCGAGUGGAAUUCGAAAAGCGUCUGCAGCAAGAAGAAAAGGAACAAAACCGAAGGAUUGAGCAGCUGCAACGGGAGUGGGAUCGGAGGCGUGAGGUCCUCAACAAAACCAAGCGAAAAGUGUCCGAGGAAGAAGGAACUUUGUCGGCAGAGGCAUCCCUGUCGUCGUCGCCCGAUACUGGCUUUGUGAUGCCCGUGUCGAGGACGACUGAACAAGCCACUGCCGAGCAUCAGUCCCUCAAUCAAACAAUGUCCAACGACGCCGCGAGCGAUAGAUGA